AUGUCGGGCUACGCAGGAGGCGGAGGCCAAUAUGACGAUGGCUAUGCCCAACAAGGGCAGGCCCAACAGGGGCAGGCUCAAGGUCAUGGUGACUCCUACUAUCAGGACGACCAUGCCCAGGGGUACUACGAGAAUCAGGGAUAUGGGGAUGGCUACUACGACCAAGGUAACGGCUACUAUGGCGCAGAUGGUGGUCAUGGCGCGGAGGGAGCCCACGCAGACGCAGGCCAAGGCUACGCCGACGGAGGAUACUACGAGGCUGGCCACAAUGAUCAGUAUGCCGCCGGCGGCGGCGACCAGUACUACGACCAGGGACAAGGGGAAUACGGCCGAGGACGCCGUGGUCACGACUCCGAAGAAGACUCUGAGACAUUCAGUGAUUUCACUAUGAGGUCUGAGACUGCCCGUGCAGCAGACAUGGACUACUACGGACGGGGCGAUGAACGGUACAACAGCUACUCUGACAGCCAGUACGGUGGCCGUGGUGGCUACCGACCUCCGUCUUCCCAGGUUUCCUACGGAGGCAACAGAUCAUCAGGCGCCUCAACGCCUGUCUAUGGAAUGGAUUAUGGCGCCGCCCUCCCAGCGGGCCAGCGCUCGCGUGAGCCGUACCCUGCCUGGACCUCUGAUGCCCAAAUCCCCCUUUCGAAAGAGGAGCUCGAGGAUAUCUUCCUGGAUCUGGUCAACAAGUUUGGCUUCCAGAGGGACAGCAUGCGGAACAUGUACGACCACAUGAUGACUAUGCUGGACUCCCGCGCGUCCCGCAUGACGCCGAACCAGGCACUUCUGUCCAUCCACGCUGAUUAUAUCGGAGGACAAAAUGCCAACUACCGUCGUUGGUAUUUCGCUGCCCACCUGGAUCUCGACGAUGCGAUCGGUUUCGCAAACAUGAAGCUCGGCAAAGGAGAUCGCAAGACUCGCAAGGCUCGCAGGGCCGCAGCCAAAGCCGCCAAGCAGAACCCAGAGAACGAAGAGGAAACCCUCGAGGCUUUGGAGGGAGACAAUAGCUUGGAGGCAGCGGAAUACCGAUGGAAAUCGCGCAUGAACCGCAUGUCUCAGCAUGAUCGCGCCCGUCAGAUCGCCCUGUACCUCUUGAUUUGGGGUGAGGCCAAUCAAGUGCGAUUCCUGCCGGAGUGCAUUUGUUUCAUCUUCAAGUGUGCCGAUGAUUACUACACCUCGCCUGAAUGCCAGGCUCGCGUUGAGCCAGUCGAGGAAUUCACUUACCUGAAUGAGAUCAUCACUCCUCUCUACCACUAUUGUCGCGACCAAGGAUAUGAAAUCUCGGAUGGCAAGUAUGUUCGUCGUGAGAGAGACCACAACGAGAUUAUUGGCUACGACGAUAUGAACCAGCUCUUCUGGUACCCCGAGGGUAUCGAGCGCAUCGGUUUCGAGGACAAGACUCGCUUGGUUGACGUGCCCAUCGGUGAACGGUGGCCCAAACUCAAGGACGUGGUCUGGAACAAGGCUUUCUUCAAGACUUACAAGGAAACUCGCUCUUGGCUGCACAUGGUGACAAACUUCAACCGUAUUUGGGUUAUCCACUUGGGUGCCUUCUGGUUCUUCACUGCCUACAACGCCCCGACUCUGUACACAAUCAACUAUCAACAACAGGUUAACAACAAGCCAGAUUCUCCCAAGUAUCUGGCUGCUGUUGGAUUUGGUGGUGCUAUUGUGUCUUUCAUCCAGAUCAUGGCGACCAUUUGCGAAUGGAUGUAUGUUCCUCGACGUUGGGCGGGAGCUCAACAUUUGCGAAAGCGCUUUAUGUUCCUAAUCGUGGUCUUUAUUAUCAACCUGGCUCCUGGAAUCGUUGUCUUCAGCAUCUUGCCAUCGUUGGGCAUGACAAAGAGUGCUGAACACGGUGCCGGCCUCGCUAUCGGUAUCGUCCACUUCGUUAUUGCAAUCUUCACAGCGGUCUACUUCGCCGUCCAACCAUUGGGCGCGCUCCUGGGUAACUACCUGAAGAAGGGAGGCCGACAAUACGUUGCCAGUCAGACCUUCACAGCCAGUUUCUCACGCCUCAGUGGUAAUGAUAUGUGGAUGUCAUAUGGUUUGUGGGUCUGCGUUUUUGGUGCCAAAUUGGCCGAGUCCUACUUCUUCUUGACUCUGUCUUUCAAGGAUCCCAUUCGAAUCCUGUCCCCGAUGCAGAUUCAUCAGUGUACUGGUGCUAAAUACGUUGGCAACGUGAUCUGCCACCGACAGCCCCAAAUUCUGCUCGGUCUGAUGGCCUUCAUGGAUUUGACGUUGUUCUUCUUGGAUAGUUAUCUGUGGUACAUUAUUUGCAACACCAUCUUCUCUGUGGCGCGCUCAUUCUACCUGGGUGUCUCCAUCUGGUCUCCGUGGAGAAAUAUCUUUUCCCGUCUGCCCAAGCGUAUCUACUCCAAGGUUCUAGCCACGACCGACAUGGAGAUCAAAUACAAGCCAAAGGUUCUGAUCUCACAGGUUUGGAAUGCCAUCAUCAUCUCCAUGUAUCGCGAGCAUCUCCUGGCUAUCGAUCAUGUGCAGAAACUACUGUACCACCAGGUGCCGUCUGAGCAGGAAGGCAAGCGGACGCUUCGUGCCCCUACUUUCUUCGUGUCGCAGGAAGAUCAAUCUUUCAAGACAGAGUUCUUCCCCCAGGGAAGUGAGGCCGAGCGUCGUAUCUCAUUCUUCGCGCAAUCGCUCUCCACCCCCAUGCCGGAGCCCCUUCCCGUUGACAACAUGCCCACCUUCACUGUCCUGAUCCCCCACUACAGCGAAAAGAUUCUUCUGUCUCUGCGUGAGAUUAUUCGCGAAGAUGAGCCUUACUCCCGUGUUACACUGCUCGAAUAUCUCAAGCAGCUGCACCCCCACGAAUGGGACUGCUUCGUCAAGGACACAAAGAUUCUCGCCGACGAAACCUCACAGUUCAAUGGUGAUUAUGAAAAGCCCGAGAAAGAUGCCGCCAAGAGCAAGAUCGAUGAUCUUCCUUUCUACUGCAUUGGUUUCAAAUCUGCCGCUCCCGAGUACACACUGCGUACACGAAUUUGGGCCUCUCUCCGCUCUCAGACCUUGUACAGAACCGUGUCUGGUUUCAUGAACUACAGCCGUGCUAUCAAGCUGCUGUACCGCGUCGAGAACCCUGAGGUUGUUCAGAUGUUUGGUGGCAACUCCGAGAAGUUGGAACGUGAGCUCGAGCGCAUGGCCCGACGCAAGUUCCGCAUUUGUGUCUCCAUGCAGCGCUACGCCAAGUUCAACAAGGACGAACGUGAAAAUACCGAGUUUUUGCUCCGCGCUUACCCCGACCUCCAGAUCGCGUACCUGGAUGAGGAGCCACCUGUCAAUGAAGGCGAAGAACCCCGCAUCUAUUCUGCUCUGAUCGAUGGUCAUUCCGAGAUUCUCGAGAACAACAUGAGAAAGCCCAAGUUCAGAAUUCAGCUUUCUGGCAACCCCAUUCUCGGAGACGGAAAGUCUGACAACCAGAACCACGCAAUCAUCUUCUACCGUGGCGAAUACAUCCAGCUCAUCGAUGCCAACCAAGACAACUACCUUGAAGAAUGCUUGAAGAUUCGCAGUGUCCUCGCUGAGUUCGAGGAAUUGACCACCGACAACGUUUCUCCGUACACUCCUGGAAUCUCCACUCCCGAUGAGAACCCAGUCGCCAUUCUCGGAGCCCGUGAAUACAUUUUCUCUGAGAGCGUUGGUGUGCUUGGUGAUGUUGCUGCCUCCAAGGAACAGACGUUCGGUACUCUUUUCGCUCGUACUCUUGCCCAGAUUGGUGGUAAGCUUCAUUAUGGUCACCCCGAUUUCCUGAACGGCACUUUCAUGACUACCCGUGGUGGUGUGUCCAAGGCUCAGAAAGGAUUGCACCUCAACGAAGAUAUUUACGCCGGCAUGAACGCUGUUCUUCGCGGAGGUCGUAUCAAGCACUGCGAAUACUAUCAGUGUGGUAAGGGUCGUGAUCUUGGUUUCGGAUCCGUUCUGAACUUCACCACGAAGAUUGGUACUGGUAUGGGUGAACAAAUGUUGUCUCGUGAAUACUACUAUCUCGGUACUCAGCUUCCUCUUGAUCGUUUCCUUUCAUUCUUCUAUGCUCACCCUGGAUUCCACAUCAACAACAUGUUCAUUAUGUUGUCGGUGCAAAUGUUCAUGAUCGUUCUGAUCAAUUUGGGUGCCCUGAAGCAUGAGACCAUCAUGUGCCGAUACAACUCCGACUUGCCUAUUACUGAUCCCCUUGUGCCCACUCUUUGUGUCAACUUGAUUCCUAUCAUCAAUUGGGUCAAUCGCUGCGUCAUUUCUAUUUUCAUCGUGUUCUUCAUCUCAUUCGUUCCCCUUGCGGUCCAGGAGUUAACAGAGAGAGGAGUAUGGCGUAUGGCUACUCGUUUGGCCAAGCACUUCGGAUCAUUCUCUUUCAUGUUCGAAGUGUUCGUCUGCCAGAUCUACGCCAAUGCCGUUCACCAGAACUUGUCCUUCGGAGGUGCGCGAUACAUCGGUACUGGUCGUGGUUUCGCCACAGCUCGCAUUCCAUUCGGCGUCCUUUACUCGAGAUUCGCUGGUCCCUCAAUCUAUUUGGGUGCUCGUCUUCUGCUGAUGCUGCUGUUCAGUACCACAACAGUCUGGACUCCUGCUCUGAUCUGGUUCUGGGUUUCUCUACUCGCGCUGUCCAUUUCGCCUUUCCUUUUCAACCCCCACCAGUUUGCCUGGACCGACUUCUUCAUCGAUUAUCGUGACUACAUCCGUUGGUUGUCUCGCGGAAAUUCCCGAUCUCACGCCUCGUCCUGGAUUGGCUUCUGUCGUCUGUCGCGUACUCGCACCACUGGUUACAAGCGCAAACUGCUCGGUGUCCCAUCCGAAAAAGGCUCUGGCGACGUCCCCAGAGCCCGCAUCACCAACAUCUUCUUCAGUGAAAUUAUCUCUCCUCUGCUCGGUGUUGGUGCCACAUUCAUUCCGUACCUUUACAUCAACUCCCGAACGAUGUAUUCCGAUGAUCCCAAAUGGGCCGCUAACCCCAUCGCUCGCAUUGCGAUCAUCGCUUUCGCUCCCGUGGGUAUCAACGCCGGUGUCGCAGGCAUGUUCUUCGGCAUGGCUUGUUGUAUGGGUCCCUUGUUCGGAAUGUGCUGCAAAAAGUUCGGUGCAGUCCUCGCAGCCAUCGCCCACGCCAUUGCUGUCAUUGUUUUCUUGAUUAUUUUCCUUGCCAUGUUCUUCCUUGAAUCUCUCAACUGGGCUAGGACCAUUUCCGGCAUGAUCUCUGCCAUGGCUCUCCAGCGAUUCCUCUACAAGCUGAUCAUCUCCUUCGCAUUGACUCGUGAAUUCAAGAAUGACCAAUCUAACAUCGCAUGGUGGACCGGAAAGUGGUAUAACAUGGGAUGGCACACCCUGUCUCAACCCGGACGUGAAUUCCUGUGCAAGAUCACUGAACUCGGUUACUUUGCCAAUGAUUUCUUCCUCGGUCACAUUCUCUUGUUUGCCAUGCUCCCAGUCCUCGCAAUUCCCUAUGUUGAUAAGUUCCAUUCGGUUAUCCUGUUCUGGCUGCGCCCCAGCCGUCAAAUCCGCCCUCCCAUCUAUUCUCUCAAGCAAUCCAAGCUUCGCAAGAGACGUGUUGUACGCUUCUCUAUUUUGUACUUUACCAUGCUUGUCAUCUUCAUUGUCAUCAUUGCCGCGCCUGUUGUUCUUAGGAACACGAAGCAGCUGGAUAGCAUCCUGUCCGGCGGCAUCUGGGAGAGCCUUGGCGUUGCCACAACAGACGGAAUCGGUCUGCUCCAGCCGCUUGAUCACGGUCUCAAUGAUACCGUCUCCUGGUACACUGGCUCCAACAUCCCCAAGGGCUUCACUUCAGGCAGCAUCCCGGCACCCUCGGCCGGCACCGGAGUGUGGUCCAUCUAA